AUGAUUAAAAUAAUAAAAAGCCCUCUGCAGAAUACACAGUCCUCUAGUAAAGAUCAAGAAACUGAAAUAACAUGGGAUAGCAGUAGUCCAAGCCCCAUUCGAUGCGUUCUAUCCAAAGGUAAAAAGCUUAAAAGGUUAACGCUAGGUAGCCAUAAUCGUCGUAGUAGCUCUGUUUCGGACUUGGUUCGGGUAUUAUCAAAAACAAGCUCCAACAAAAAUAGCCAGUUACAACAAAGGCCUAAGACUCCACUAUUAGGCAUCUGGAUGAAUAAAGAAAAUCAGAGGGAUGAAAAUAUCGAUGUUCAAUUAGUGAAAACUUCUAAAACCAGAAAAUUAUUCAGAAAAUCGAGAGAAAAUAAAAAUGAUAAGUUUUUAGAAAAACUGCGAGAGGUCGUAAAGGAUUUAGAUAAUUCUGACGAUACAGCCAAUAUCAAUGUAAACGAAAGGAUACAAUUGCAGAAACUUUGUCAAGCACCAACGUGUCGAAACGAAACUGAAGUUACGCCAAUUAGGAAAUAUAAUGAAAUAGAAGGUACUGAAUCAUGCUCAGGUAAUGGUCUUGAUGUUAAAAAGGGAAACGCAAAUGGUAGCGAUUCGAUGUUCCAACCACACUUGCCCAUAGUCGGGGAAAGCCCAAGUUGCAACAAAAGAGUUAGAAGUGAUGAUAGUGUAUGUAGAUCUAAUAAUGAAAAUGUCAAUUUACGGAGAAAUCCUGUUGCAAAUCAUGUUCAAUCACAUACAGAAGGUACUAAAGUUGAAUUGGUACACUUGUUACAUUCUGGUAACGAUGAUAAGGAACAUUUAAAUUCUGUAACGCGUGUAGCUUGUCCUACAAAGUGCGUAAACACCGAUGUAAAUACUUCAAAAUCCGUCUUAGAAAAGCCUUAUAGCGUCCCAAUUGAGGCAAGCAAGUCAGAUCAUACGCUGACAGAUUUUGAGCUGUUUAGCGAGACUGAUAUACUAGAUGAUACAGUUCCAGAGGCCUUUACAAGGAAUGAAGCAAGCGGUAAUACCAAUAUGAUAAAAGACCAUGAUACAAGCAUCGCCGAUGAUAUUUUAUUGGCCGUAGCGGAUGAUGCUAUUUGGGAUGAAAGUGUUAGUGAUGAAAUGUUGAUAAGGUGCACCCAAGAGUGUCCAGGAAUCCCUAGUGAUGCCUGCUCUAUUGAAAAUGGAGACAAUUUAACUCCUUCGAGCGAAAAUAGUGUUGCAACGUGUUCUUUUAAAUUAGCUAAUAGCAAAGCUGGUAGUGUUCAAGAUAUGCAAUCUGGUACGACAAUUACUUUAUUUAAUGAUCAAGAUGGGACUCAUGAUCUAGGUUUAACGAUUGAAGAUGAAGAAUUACUGAUGGCACUUGCAACAUAA